AAUUCCACAGGAGUGGGCGUAGGCUCACGCAGCAGCAGCAUCACAAAGGUUCAGCUCCUCCCUGCUGUGUGCUGGGAGGCAGAGAGGAUCAGGGUCAGAUGAAUUCCAGUCAGGGUGACAGUGGCAGUGUGUGUAAAUGAGGAGAGGAGUGUGUGUGUGUGAAACAGGAAAACUCGGGGAGGGUGGUGUGUGUGUGUGAGCUGUGUGCGAAUGACAGGGAGAGGCAGACAGUAAAUCCAGACAGGAGUGGACAUUAGAAGAAGAGGGAGGGGAGGCAAGAAGAGGUAAAAAAAAAGGACAAUUUGAAGGAACGCAGAGUGAAAAGAGAAGAUGGCUGAGCCGGAACUGAAACUGAGAAGCAGCCGGGAGAGUGUCGCUAAGGAUGAGGUGAGCCAGGAGAAGAUGGAGGAACUAAACCACAACCAUGAUAUUGUUGAGCAGCAAACGUCGCCAUCAGCCCCCAUGGUCCCUGCCCCCUCUGCCAUGAGCCCCACCAGCACUCUACCAGCCAAGGGUGAAAAGAUCCAGCUCAAACGCAGCAUCACCCUCUUCAACGGUGUCGGAAUGAUCAUCGGCACCAUCAUUGGCUCGGGGAUCUUCGUCACCCCGACGGGUGUGGUGAAGGAGACCGGCUCCGCUGGCCUCUCGCUGAUCGUCUGGUCCGCCUGCGGAGUGGUGUCCACCAUGGGGGCCUUGUGCUACGCUGAGCUGGGCACCACCAUCGCCAAAUCUGGAGGAGACUACACUUACAUCCUGGAGGUGUACGGGGAACUAGCUGCCUUUUUAAAGCUGUGGGUGGAGAUGCUGAUCAUUCGGCCGUCGUCGCAGUACGUGGUGUCGCUGGUGUUCGCCACCUACCUUCUGAAACCGCUGUACCCGAGCUGCGCCGUGCCAGACAGCGCGGCCAAGCUCAUCGCCUGCCUGUGUCUUACGUCCCUGACGUUUGUAAACUGCAUCAGUGUGAGGGCAGCCACCAAGGUGCAGGACUUGUUCACAGCGUCCAAGUUGAUAGCUCUGAUCAUCAUCAUCUUCUUUGGCUUCGUCCAGAUUUCCACAGGUGACGUGCCGUAUUUGACACCUGAGAAAGCGUUCGAAGGCAGUAAAGUGGGAGUCGACAACAUUGUCUUGGCGUUGUACAGUGGUCUCUUUGCGUUCGGUGGCUGGAAUUACCUGAACUACGUUACAGAGGAGAUGAUCAACCCAGAGAGGAACUUGCCCUUGUCCAUCAUCAUAUCGAUGCCUAUAGUGACGGUGGUGUACGUUCUGACCAACCUGGCUUAUUUCACCACCAUCUCUCCUCAGGUCAUGAUUGAGUCUGAGGCUGUUGCUGUGAGUUUUGGGGAGUACCAUCUUGGAGUGAUGGCCUGGUUGAUUCCUGUCUUUGUGGGGCUAUCCUGUUUUGGAGCCGUCAACGGAUCUCUUUUCACUUCAGCACGAUUGUUCUAUGCAGGAGCCCGAGAAGGUCAGCUCCCUGCUGCUCUGGGGCUGGUCCACACAGACCUGUUCACACCUGUACCAUCCCUGAUCUUCACAUGUUUGCUGUCCAUGAUGUAUUCCAUCUCCCAGGACAUCUUCUCUGUCAUCAACCUGUUCAGUUUUUUCACCUGGCUGUGUGUCGGUAUGGCCAUCGCUGGCUUGGUUUGGCUGCGCAUCACCAAGCCAGACCUCAGAAGACCUAUAAAGGUGUAUCUUUUUAUCCCCAUAACGUUUGUGUUGGGCUGCGUCUUCAUGAUUGUCGUGUCGUUUUGGGCCGCUCCGUUUGAGUGUCUGGUCGGCAGCAGCAUUAUACUCACGGGCAUUCCUGCGUAUCUGCUGGGCUACAAGUGGAAAAAGCCCCAUAUGGUCCAGAAGAUGCUGGAAAUCUUCACAAUGUUCUGUCAGAAGAUCUUCAUGUCUGUUCCUGAGGAGAAGGAGCCAAACAAGGCGGCCGAGUAACACCGUGAUCCCGUUUGUGGCAUUUCUUCAAUGUUUACAUUCAUUUCUUUGCAGUUCAGCUACAAUAUUUUUCUUUUGUCGUUUUCUUCCUGAAACGAGUUGGCAGUCGUUCCUCUUUGAACGCUGGUUUUACAAUAGAGCGUCUUUUACUGUAAACUGGAAAUGGGCGCACAAUUAUUUAUAAACUACAAACACAAAAUGCGUUUGCACAUGUUGCUGUCCACUGACCAGCAGGUUUGUUUUUUUACAAAUUUGAACGAGCAGUUCAAUGAGAAAAGAAAAGACAGUCUAGAAAGUCUUUACUUUUUAUAGAACUAACAAUAAAAGUACACAUUUAGUUUACAGUUCUUUCAAAUGUGAACGUUAGCACCCUGCGAGGAAUGACCCAAUUCUGAAAAAGUUGUUUAAAAUGUAAAUAAAAACAGAAUGCAAUGAUUAGAGCAGAGUUUUGUUGCCCGUUUCCACAUUUCAUAGAUUCAAUUCAGUUCAGUUUAUUUAUAAAGCGCCAAGUCCCAACAGAAGU